AUGUUUGCUUACUUCGGUGGUGGGCAGAAGAAACCGGUGGGUUACAGCCAAGUACUGUUCUGUUGGCUUGAGUUUGUAGGUUGGUUUGGCGGUGAAAGACGGAGAUGGCCGGGUGCUCAGUGACGGAGAUUUAGGAAAAUUAUGCAAUUAGGUGGGAGAAAUCUACACAGAGUGCGGAGAGAAAAGGAGAGAGAGAGAGAUAGAUGGUCCCUCUUCUCAAUUAGAAGACACCCGAACUAGAUCGUUCAAACUUCUAACUUCAAAGUUCAAACCCAUUGACUCUUUCUCUCUCUCUCUCUCACGGUGUCGUUCUCUCUUCAAAAGAGAGAGAUAGAGAGCACCCAAACCGUGAGAUCAGUGCCCACGAUGCCAUUCAAGCCCCUCAAUACAAUCACCGUCGCAUUCAUGUUGGCCUUCACGUUCUUAAUCCUCUUCUUUUCUGGAUUUCUUGAAUUCCCGUCCGUAGUGAACUCCAUCCAACCCAUCUCCCAGACCGCUUCGUCGGAGACCAAAUCCGAACCCGAUCCGUUUACCGAUUUGAUCAGCGCCUUCCGGAAGUGGGACUCUCAGGUGGGUUGCGCCCUUUUCAAGGAGAAGCACAAAGCGUUGCUCCCAAUUCAGUCAAAUGGGUCCUCGUCUUUGCAAGAUCAUGUACUUGAAUGCCGUGAGCUGAAAAUGGAGCAUGUUAGUGUUUUGGUGAAAGGUUGGACGUGGAUUCCUGAUAAUCUUGACGAUCUCUACUCCUGCCGAUGCGGAUUGAGCUGUUUGUGGACUAAAUCUUCUGUUCUUGCUGACAGACCUGAUGCCUUGUUGUUCGAGACCACUACUCCUCCCCUUCAGAGACGUGCUGGAGAUCCGCUUCGUGUAUACAUGGAUCUUGAGGCUGGCAGAAAACGGUCAGGGGUAGAGGAUUUAUUUAUAAGUUAUCACGCCAAAGAUGAUGUUCAGUCUACCUAUGCCGGUGCGCUCUUUCAUAAUGGUCGAAAUUAUCACGUAUCUUCUUUGAAGAACAAUGAUACACUUGUAUAUUGGUCUUCAUCACGUUGUCUUCCUCAAAGAAAUUGGCUUGCCAAGCGGCUUCUCAGUUUGCUGCCUCACCAUUCAUUUGGCAAGUGUUUGAACAAUGUUGGCGGCGCAAACAUGGCCCUAUCUUUCUACCCUAAAUGUGCCAAUGAUGCCAGUGUCAUCCCAAAAUGGUGGGAUCAUUUACAUUGUGCAAUGUCUCACUACAAGUUUGUUCUUGCCAUUGAAAACACCAUGACAGAGAGUUACGUGACAGAGAAGCUAUUUUAUGCCCUAGACUCUGGUGCAGUGCCUAUCUACUUUGGUGCACCCAACGUCUGGGACUUUGUCCCUCCACAUUCAAUAAUAGAUGGCUCUAAAUUCAGCUCCUUGGAGGAAUUGGCUUCUUACAUAAAGGCCCUUGCUAAUGACCCUGUAGCCUAUGCAGAGUACCAUGCUUGGAGAAGAUGCGGUGUCCUGGGUAACUACGGAAAGACCCGUGCAACGAGCCUUGACACAUUGCCGUGCCGGUUGUGUGAGGCUGUCAGCAGAAAAGGUGGGAGGAAUGCGAGAGCAUAUUGAAUUUUGGAGGCCGGUUUUCUGAGUCCGUUCUCAUAGUGGUCCUAGUUGAUCAUAGGAUUGAGUCUUAAUACGAUGUGUUAUUCUUAGGUGUGUAUAGGGUCAAGAAUGAGUUUGACAUCUUUUUAUUAUUAGAAUUCGAAUACUGAUAGAUUAUACCAUUGAAAAACAAAAGCUCAUGUUAACCCAAAACCAACCAGAAUCUAUGAAAUUUUUAGCUCUUUGCUUUCCUCUUUU